AUGUAAGUAAUAAUAGAAGCUUUAUAAAUAGAUGACGAAAAAGAAAUUGACGAAGAAAAGCUUUAAGAACUUUAUGAAAAUUUCUUAAACUAUUAAGAACAGCAAGAAGAUAAGCUAGAACUAUCUAAAUUGCAAUAAGGAGAUUGCUUAAUAUAGUUUUACUUAUUGAAAUUAGAAAAAAGACUAAUAAUACUAAGCAAAACAUACGAAGAAACUGCUUGGAAUGGAAAUGAAAGCAUCAAACUUAUAGAAAAGUAAGAUUUAGGGAUAAUAAAUAUUUUAAAAUGUUUAAUAGCUAUUAUAGAAAGACUAAUUGAAAUGUUUAAUUAAAAUUAAAAAGGAAUAUAAUUAGAAGCUGAGAAAGUAAAUUCUUUAAUAUAAUUACUUUUAUAUUGUGAUAAUUUAGAAAUUAAUUAUCUUUUAAUUAAAUUCUUAUAUUUAGUCUCUUAAAACAUUUGUAUAAAGAAUUUUAGUAAUUAUACAUUAUUAGAAUAUUAUUAUUGCUUUUUUAUUAAUAACUGGCGUUUAAGAUAUCCUUAUAUCGGUGAAAUUUUCAAAAAUGAAAAGUUCUACAAAGUAAAAUUUAUAUAAUAUAUAAAAUAAUAAUUAAAAUAAUAGGAUACGGGAAUGAAGCCAAUAGGAAAUGAUACAUUGCAAGAUUUUGUAUUUUAUGAAAUAUAAGAUAAACAAAAUAUAAAAGUCGAUAUACAUUCAGUAAAAAAAGAAUUUACUGAUUUCUUUUCUUCCUAUAAUUAAUCUUAGUAAAUAUUCAUAAAAGAAAACAUCCAUAACCCAAAAUGCUUUUCUUAAGAUUUUAUUAAUGUCAUGCUUUCAUUAAGGGUAGCUAAAAAUAUUUCUGCAAUAAAAAAUCGUGUUUUAAUAUCCCUUAUAUAAUCAUAUAUUAUCGCUUCAAGUAGUUUAUUUUAAAGAUGUUCAGAAUAUUUGAAUAAUGUAUAAAUAGCUAAAGAUUAUAGAUUAAUAUAUUCUUUUAAAAACUUUCCUUAUGUCGAAUAUUAAAUGGACAUAUUAAAUGCUUUAUCUAACUAUUUACAAAAAGACAGUAUAUUUUAUAAUUUUAAUGAAGAAAUUUAAUUAGAAUAUGAAAUUAAAUUUUUGGAUGAUUUUAAAAGUAAGUUUUUGAACGAGGAAGUUUAUUUUAUUGAAAAUGUAAAAUUGGAAGACGUUUAUAAAUAUUAUAUUUAGUUUGGCAAGAUAUAUGGAUAUAUAUAGAGUUAAAUAAUACAAAAAAUAGAAGAAAAAACAAUAAAUAAUAUUCACAAAAUCGAACAAGAAGCUUAUGAAAUAAUUCUAAACAUAGAUAAAUAUAUAUCAAUUGGAAUAAGAAAAAUAAUAAAUGAGAUUUAAUAAGAAAAUAAUUAAAAUAUAAAUUUAAUUAAAUUGUUUAAUUCAAUAUAAAAUUUUGUUUAAAAUAAUUUUGCCUAUAUUAAUUAAUAAUAAUAUGAUAAUGAAAUUAUUUAUUCACUAAAAGAAUUAUAUGAGCUUUUUUCUCAAAAAAAAGAUGAUGAAAAUAAGUUCUUUUUAUAUUUAGAUUUAUCUAAUUUCGCACUUUUAGAAAAAUUAAAUGAGUUUGUUUCAGAAAAAAAUUUCUUUGAUACACUAAUAUCUAAUUAUAUAAAUAAUUAAUUCAAUUUAUAAUAAAAAAUAUUAUUUUAUCACUCCGAGUAAUUAAAAAAUACCUAUAUUGAAGAUUAAGAAAGAUUCUAUUCACUUGUAAAAGCUAUUGUGGAUUUUUUAGAAACAAAUAAUUCAUAAUUAUAAGAAUAAUAUUCCUUUUAGAAUAAUAUUUUAGGUUAAUUUUUAGAAAAAUACAGAAAUUAAUCUUAAUAUGAUGAGUUUUUUGACAAAAUCAAUUAUGUAAGAUUCACUUUUGGUACUUACAAAAACGAAGCAAUAGAUAAUGAAACAUUAAGUAUUUUUUCAGGACGAAUAAUCGAAUUUUUUAGCUAAUAUUUAGAAAACAAAUAAUAAAUAAUAGAAUAAGAUAGAAAUUUAGAAUAAGAAAUAUUUGGAAAAAUAUUAAUUAAUUAUAAAAAAAAUCCAUAUGUAAAAUCUUAUAAUGAGUCUUUAUUAGCUAUAAAUGCUUUUCGUAGUUCUUAAUUUUUAGCUUCUUUUUAUUAAAAUUUAAUCUAUAUUUUAUCUCAUGUAUUUAUUUAUAAAUAUAUUUAUAUAUAAAAAUAUAUAUUAUAAAAUUUAGGCUUCUAGUUUACAAGAUGA